AUGUUCGCCGUCUUUCAGCUUCUGCUCUGCUUUUCGCUGUGCUCAACUGUUCAAGGUAAGGAAUGGGGUUUUGGGUUUGGGAAAGUGACAUUUUGAGUUUAAAUUCAGUUUUUUAAAUUUAAAUAAAAAAAAUAUAAAAGAUCAGUUUGCAACAAUUAUACCUUUAAAAUUAAAAAAAUUUUUUAUGCUAAAACAUUUUAAACAUUUUAUGGCCAUUUUGCCAAAAGUUUAUUACCUAAAAAGCUUUAAGCUGUUUUUGCCCGCAACCACAAAGGACGUCUGAAACCCGUACAAUUGGAGGAACGGAAACGUUCUACCUCUGCUCACGAUGACGACCUACCCAUGUUCAAUGACCUUAACACCCAACUAUUGUAUCAUAUAAAGUAUGUUCUUGUCAGUAGUGUUACCUAAUUUAAAACUUUUGUAAAAGUUGUUCUAUCUGAAAAGGCUAGCAGAGAGAAUAUUAUGAUAGGAAUGCGUUUCUUUUGUACUCACGAUUUUGAAAAAGAUAUUGUAGUAGAUAGUAGAAACAUUUAUUUGUUUAUUGAACUAAAUUCAAAAACAUUAACAAUUUGGUUUUAUAGAUCAAGGUCGUCGCCGUAUCGUCGACCAGUCUACACUCUCAAAGAAGUAUCACAUAUCCACGUUAGAGCUGCGUUGUAUCAAGUAGUUGAUCUAGUAGGUCUACAUUUUAGUAUAACAUAGUUAAUACUUCUGCGUGACACAUAGAAGUGACGUUAAGAACAUCAAUACUUAAAUUACAAGUUAAUUUAGCGGCUGACGGCUUUCAGAAUCGUAUUUUACAUUACGUUUUAGGACCAGAGAAACAACCUAGCCACUAUAUCAGCCUACUUCGAUGUCUGGUGGCACGAUCCGUUCUUGGCCUGGAACAGCACGGCCUUCGAAGCCGAGGUCACGUUCGUUCCGGCACGGUGGGUGUGGAAACCUGAAUUCUACUUUUUCCACAGGUAUGUUAUAUUUAUCAUAUAAAUCUGCAGAUACCAUAUUAAGCUUAUUUACUGCAAUAAGCAUUUUAAAAAUCAGUCCAAAAGUUUAACAGUAUACAAAGAAGUUACUGUAACAUGCAUGAACGUCAUAUAUCUUGGUAUUCUUAUAACAUAGAAUCAUAUAUUACUAUUAUUUUUGUAGUGAAAGGCCUUUUAGUAUUCUUUUCAACAAUUUAGACUGAAAACAAUACUCCUUUUGUUCACCCCUAAGUAUCUGCAUAUUGUUUUAGCAUACAAGGCCGAACACCUGAAUACGAUGCCGAAGCUACAGCCGAAAUCACUUCGAAUGGCACGGUUCGUAUGUUCAUUCCAAUAACAUCACGGGCACUAUGUCCCAUUAAUGGUAGGUUUAUUAUCAGCUUAUAAUAACCCUUUUGUACGUUUAUACUUUAGUUAUCUUUAGAUGAGUAAAAAGUACAGCUGUAUACAGUAAUUACUGUUUAUUGCGGCAGUAGAAAAUCCAAAAGUUUUAAACCUGCAAUACAUAUUACAUUAUAAAGAACACUCGUUUAAAGAUACCAUUUUCAGUCAAAUACUUUCCAUAUGACAUUCAAAACUGCUCAUUCAAUGUAAGUUUAUGUACGAACAUGAAUAAUAUAAAUAACACAAGAUAA